UAUCGAUACAUGCGCAAAUUACUGACAGGGUAACCGGGCAAACGUUGCUAAGGACUCAGUAGUUAUUGGAAGUCGUGGUUCCUGUUCAGGGGAGAAAGAAAUAAUCAAAAGUUUACCGGUAUAGUAACAACAUCAAAAAUGUCGCAGGUUGGGAUACCCCGUCCCAAUGUGAUGGGUUUAGGAACAAAUAAAGGUGGUAUUACACUACCGCAGAUUGCACAUCCUUUAUCUCGGAUGGAAGGCCCCGGGAACUUGGAUGUUCGUGGGGUGUCUCGUGAUAGCCACAGACCAAAUUCACAACCAUUAACAGGAAGACCUUUAGCUAACGAAAAUGUUUUCACUGGACGUAAAUCUGUAAGUUCUUAUGGCCGGGACAGCCGACUUGGUGUCAACCAGCAAGUGGUAGCGAUGCCGCAUGAUUCUAUUCCUGAAGGAGUCGAAGUUACACAUGGAGAUCCAAAUACUACAAGAAUGCCCCUUUUUGGGAGUAGAGCCGGUAUGGGAAGUAGAAUGGACAGCCGUAUGUCCUCAAGGUUAUCUAACGCCUCAGCUCAAGGUCGACUGGAAAUUGACGAGUUGGAAGCUAGUCUAAAACAGAAAAUUAAAGGAAGUUAUUUUGAGAUCAGGAAAAGAUUUAGGGAUAAUGAUCCAGAACAGAAAGGAAAUGUUUCCAGGGAGGCAUUGCAUAGAAUUCUUGUGACAAUUUUAAAUGUUUCACUGAGUCAAAAUGUGUACAAUCGGCUGAUGGAGAGGAUUGGAUUAAGAGAUAAACAAGUGAUUAAUUACGCUGAAUUCUUUGCCUAUUUCCGUGACGGACCAGAGCCUAAUGAUUAUCCAGGUUGGAUGGACCCAGUACAGAGACAAUACCAGGAUAAGGCAGUCAUGUCAUCUACACAAGUUCAUUCUAAUCUGAAAGAGAAGGCAAAACAGAGAUUCUUGGAUAUAGCAGACUUAAUACCCCAGUUGAACCCAGGCGGAUCAGGUCGUAUUAUGAAACCAGAGUUCAAACAAAUGCUCAACAAACUUAUGUUUUAUAUGGAAGAUACUGAAUUUGAAAAAUUGUGGAAAAAGUAUGAUCCUUCUAAUUCUGGAACAAUUAGUUCAGAAACUUUCUUGAAAGCUUUGGGAAUAACUCUGCAAGAAAAUGGAGAAAAUGGAAGGCUGUCACCUAUCAAUGAAAGUUUUAGAUUAAGGUCUAGCAUGUCUAGUUUUAGUUCUAGAAUGCCUAGCAUGAUACUGGUAACAUCUUCUCGUACACCAAGAAAGAAGGAAAUAGAGAGAAAACAGUCCUUAGAUGUAGAAAGAUGGUUAAAGAAUAAGUUCAGGGAAGGAUGUGUACAGAUGAAGGAUGCAUUUGAAGCUAGAGAUGCCAAGAAUAAUGGUCUUGUAACAUUUGAUGGCUUCUUAGAAGUAUUAUGUAAAUAUGGUUUAAAUUUGGAGAAGAAGUUGCUGUCAGCAUUCUUGUCAAGAUGUAGCGUGAAACCACAACGUGAUGGUGUACCUUAUAGGGAAUUCUUACAUAGAUUCCAGGAUAGAUCUGAAGCAGGAAUGACCCACAAUAUACUGAACAGUAAAAAACACAGGGUUGGAGACAGACCUGCUAGUCCUGGCAAUGUGUCUACAAUGAGUGGUAUUGAAGUACAGCUAAUGAACAUGUUCCAAAGAGAUUUCUUAUCAUUAUUGGGUACACUUAAGAGCAUUGACAACCACAACACUAAUGUGAUAAGCCAGGAAGAGUUCAGAGCUGCGAUAGAGAGCAGAUUUAGCCUGACCCUCCGUGAUGAUCAGUACGAGUCCUUCCUUGAUAGGUUACCACUGGAUGAGGAUGGCAAUGUUAAAUAUGCAGAAUUCCUCCAGUUCUUUGAUACAAAGGGAAUGGCACCAAGUUUAUUUGGUAAGAAACAGGGUGCUGGUCCUGUCCCUGUCCCUGCUCCUAUUCCUAACAUAAUGGAAGAGUUGGUACAAACACAGGCUGACAGACUCGUUGUGGAGGAAGAACCAUUAGACUACACUUCACGUAAGAGGAGUAAUGAAGAAUUAUUCAACCUUGUCAAAGAUCUAUUGACUCGUAAGUUCCAGGAUGUAGAAAGAGCUUUCCAGGAAUUAGACGAGAUAAAUACCAAAAGACUCACUCAAGAGUUGAUGUUCCAGUUAUUAAACAGAUUUGAUAUAAAACCAGAGAUUUCUCGAGGUGAAAUAAGAGAAAUAUGGAAAACAUUUAUCACAAACACAGACAAGACCUUAGAUUACUUGCAGUUUGUAAGACAUUUUGGUUUCUCUGCAAGAUCUGCCCACUUCCCUAAUGCCAAGGUCCAGCCUCCAAGAAAAGGUGAUGCUGACUUCAUGAUCAGAUCCAGAAAACUAAAUUGUGCUGCUGAUAUGUUACAAGACAGUCUAAGAUCAAAGAUUGACUAUAUGUGGGAGGAGCUACGUAAAGAGUUUGUAGGGAUGGACCCCUAUGGUACAGGCUAUGUAACGAGGGAGGAGUUUAAGGAUGUCCUUACUGAGUUAUGUGUUCAUCUUAGUGAAUUUGAAACGAGAUCACUAAGUGAUAAAUUUGAAAUUCGACAAGAUGGCAGAGUAUCAUAUAUAGAAUUUUUGAAACCAUUUGCUCUGAAGAAACAGAUGUGGCGUCAUGGCAAUAAUAUGUUGUCCUUGUUACAACAUCCACAACCAGAGAUACCAAUAGCAGACAUCGGAGAACCUCCACAGAAAGGAUUACAUGGAAUUACAUCAAAACUUAGACAAAAACUGGCUGGAGACUGGAAGAAUAUACGAAGGGCUUUCAAGAAGUUAGAUAGAGCUAAUGAGGGGUACCUCAAUGUAAAUGAAUUCAGAUCUGUCUUAAAGCUUGCUAACGUCAUUCUAGAUGAGGAAGAAGUUUACCAUGUAUUGACACAGUUUGAUAAUAAUAUGUCUGGAAAAAUAUCUUAUGAAAAAUUCAUUGACGAAGUACUAAAACCUCCAACUCGACAAAGUGUAAAGUAAAUUUAAUAAGUGUUGCUAAAUUUUACCUGAACUGACUUUAUUAAUCUUUGUAAGUGACUGAACUUGGAAUUUGUAUUUGAGAAUUUUGACUUUUGGUUGAAUGAUGCAUACAAGUUGAAUGAGAAUGAGAGAAUAUGGUGUAUAUUUGAGUUAUAUAUUUUCCAAUGGGUAUUCUAUCUAAAUUUGAUAAUUGUGGUUUAGAUAUUACUUAUGUAUGAAGUUUUAUUUAAUUUUUAGAUUCAGAAUGUUCUGACUGAAGUUGCCAAAAAAAACUUAAUCUAAAAAAAAAUAUCAAUAUAGCUGGUUGAAAAACUUCUAAAAUUUUAUGCCUUUUUUACAAUGUUUUUUUUAAGGAAUGCAAGUUAGGUGUAAAUGUGUAUGUUGUACAAAUGUAAGAUUCCCUUAUAUCAUCCUUACCAAAUGUCAGUAAAUUUCUUCAUAUAUAUAUUAUACAAAUGUUCAUAUACACCACAUUAGUAAAAAAAUCUUUGAAAAUGUGGAAAUUAAGUUUGUUUUGCUUUCAAGUCCAGAUUUUUACUCUAUUCCAACUAAAGAUUUUGGCAUAUUAUCCAUAUAUGAUACUGCCAUCAUUUUCACUUGUAUGAUUGAGAAUUUUUUUAUUGUACAAAAAUCAUGUAUUUUCCAUAUAAUCCAUUUUGAAAUAGAUAUUACAUUUUUUUUCGCUCUGCUCAAAUUUAUUUCAUUCCGUCCAUCAAAUGUAUAUUGUCUAUAACAGUAUUAUCAGAUUUUAAAAAGAAUGUUUUUAUAUUGUGUUUAUGAACUGUGAUAUUUUAUAGCUGUGAUAUUUAUUGGAUUUUUUUCUGUAUAUCUCUGUUUGUAUUAUUAUAAGUGCCUUGGUUAACAUUAUAGAAUAAGUUCUCUCUUUUUGUAUUAUAUUCUUUUUAUUACUGCAACUUUCUUAAUGCAUUUUACAAAAGAAAACCGUUGCAUAAAUGAGAUUGUUUUAAAGAAUAUUAUUUACUGAUCGAAACUGUCACGUCAUAUUCAUCAAGAGCAUAUAAAAUUUAACAUACAUUCCUUUGGCACACGACAAUCUGUUAUAUGUGAUAUUUCUACGUGUCUGAACAAUCCGUCAUUUUCUUGUUACCGCAUGUGGUUACAGAAUUAUAUUUUGUCUUUCUGUUUGUCAGCUAUUGACUGAUUUUUUUAUGUUUUGACAUUAAAUUUGUUGUAUGUUUA